GUUAAAAUUAGUCACUUGGCUUUGGUGUUCUAGUUUCAUAAUACUUAUAAUAUCUUCUACAUAUAUUUAUGGAGUAGAAAUUAAAUUUCAGUGCUGUGCUAAAGGUUGCAGUAAUAUUUGUUAUUUUUCUUUUUGAGAGAAAGUAGAAACUACUAGCCAAAGCUAUUCAGAAUGAGGUAUACUUGGAAGAAUUAUAUGCUCUCUGUUGCUGGCCUAUUAAUCUAUGUCCUUGAUAUAUUUAUAGAUAUUUGGGUUUCUUUUAAGUUUUUCUAUGAAGGAAACUUUUAUUUUGGUAUUUUAUCAGUAAGCUUUAUGCUUUUUGGAACACUUGUUGUCCAGUGUUUUAGUUAUUCCUGGUUUAAGUCUGAUUUAAAGAGGGCAGGCCAAGAAGAUCAACACGCUUUUCUUCUAUUUCACUGUUUUCAAGGAGGAGUUUUUAUAAGAUACUGGUUUGUUUUGAAAAAUGGUUAUCAUGUGGUCAAAAAUAGCAGUGAAUCCAACAACUUCUCAGGAGAACAGAUUGAUCCAAUUAAAGAAGUUAUAGACAGAGUAACUGAUUUGAGCAUGCUCAGGCUAUUUGAGACCUACGUGGAAGGUUGUCCACAACUUGUUCUUCAGCUCUACAGAUUUUUGGACUGUGGUCGAAGUUGGACCCAUGGUACAUCCAUCGUAGUCUCUUUCUUCGCUAUUGCCUUGUCAACUAUUGAUUAUCAAAUAGCUUUAAGAAAUUCCUUACCUCAUAAAAAUCUCCUUAGUGGAUUGUGUGCCAGAGUCAUAUAUCUCUUUUACAAGUUGUUUACAUUAUCAUCUUGGAUACUGAGUAUUAUACUUAUUUUAUUCUUAAAUAUUAAAAUUGCUUUAUUGUUAUUGUUAGGUCUUUGGAUGUUAGGAAUAUUGUGGGCAUUCUUAAUGAAAACUCAGUUUUGUUCUUCCAUACUUAUGGAAUACUUAUAUAGGAUUGUUGUUGGGUUCAUUCUUGUCUUCACAUAUUUUAAUAUUAAGGGAGAGAAUACAAAAUGUUCAAUGUGUUGUUAUUAUAUUGUAAAGAUAUUGAUCACUUUGGGGAUUUUAGUUGCUUUCUGGUUUUCCCCACUUUCUAUUUUCAAUUCAGAUUUCUUUGUACCUAUAACUGCCACUUUAAUUCUUGCUUAUAUUAUUGGAAUUAGUUUUUUAAUUAUUUAUUAUGUAGCUUUUCAUCCAAAGAGAAGAGAAGAAACAGUGUUUGAUGAAGUUGAUGGAGGACAAGUUCAAGGACAUUGUAGAGUGACAUUUUCCCUAUUGGAAUAA